AUUUUUUAUCAAAGACAAACCAAACGUUACGGUUGGGAUGUGUACAUUUCUGUGAUUCCCAGUUUUCAUAAUUUGAUUACUGCUGUGGAAAGAUAGAAGAUCGAAUUUUUGUGGAGAAGUUGUUAUUCUUUCUAUGUUAACCUACUGCGAGCGAGGAGUGUGGAUGCUGUCGGUUGUGCGAUCGUGAUUAUUAAUUAUAGCGUGCAUUCCGGGCUCCUGCAGUCCUGCUCGAUGAUCUUGCAAGUCUGGUUACACUGAAUAAUUCCUCUCCGCCACUUGAUUAAUCAGUGAGGUCUGAUCCCGCCGCAAUGGAUCCCGCGCGUUUCGGGCCUCCUCCGGGGUUCCCCGGUGCACCCCCGGGUUUCCCGGGCGGCCCCCCGCCCCCGCGCAUGCCCUUCCCCUUCCCGCCGCCCCACACCGCGCCGCCCUUCCUCCCGCCCUCGGGGAUGGGACUGCCCCCCGUCCCCCCGCAAGGGCCGCCCCCGCCCGCCGCUCUCCAGAGUCUCCAUCCGCCGGGGGCGCCUUUCCCGCCGCAGCCCGAUGAGCGGCAGCGGCAGGCGGAGCUGGAGGAGAAGGCCAAGAAGUGGCAGCUGCUGCAGACGAAGCGCUACGCGGAGAAGCGCAAAUUCGGCUUCAUCGACGCGCAGAAGGAGGACAUGCCGCCGGAGCAUGUGCGCAAGAUCAUCCGCGACCACGGCGACAUGACGCACAAGAAGUUCAAGAACGACAAGCGCGUCUACUUGGGCGCCUUGAAGUACAUUCCGCACGCGGUGCUGAAGCUGCUGGAGAACAUGCCCAUGCCGUGGGAGCAGGUCCGCGAAGUCAAGGUCCUCUAUCACAUCACAGGUGCGAUCACGUUCGUGAACGAGAUCCCGUGGGUGGUGGAGCCGGUGUACGUGGCGCAAUGGGGCACCAUGUGGAUCAUGAUGCGGCGCGAGAAGCGCGACCGGCGCCACUUCAAGCGCAUGCGCUUCCCGCCCUUCGACGACGAGGAGCCGCCGCUGGACUACGCCGACAACGUGCUGGACGUGGAGCCGCUGGAGGCCAUCCGCAUGGACCUGGACAACAACGAGGACCGCGCCGUCAGCCACUGGUUCUACGACAACAAACCGCUAGUGGACACGCCGCACAUCAACGGCACCACCUACCGCCGCUGGACGCUGGACCUGCCCAAGCUGGCCACGCUCUACCGGCUGGCUAAUCAGCUGCUGUCCGACCUGGUCGACGACAACUACUUCUACUUGUUCGAUCUCAAGUCCUUCUUCACCGCCAAGGCACUCAACAUGGCCAUCCCAGGUGGUCCGAAGUUUGAGCCGCUGGUGAAGGACGUGAACCCGGCGGACGAGGACUGGAACGAGUUCAACGACAUCAACAAGAUCAUCAUCCGGCAGCCGGUGCGCACCGAGUACCGCAUCGCCUUCCCCUUCCUGUACAACAACCUGCCGCACCACGUCCACCUCUCCUGGUACCACACGCCCAACGUGGUCUUCAUCAAGACCGAGGACCCCGACCUGCCGGCCUUCUACUUCGACCCGCUGAUCAACCCCGUCACUAGCAGCAAGACGGGCGCGGCGCGCUCCUCGGAGGUGGCGCUGGACGACCUGGAGGAGUUCGAGCUGCCCGAGAUGGUCCAGCCGCUGCUGCAGGAGGCCCCACUGUACACGGAUAACACGGCCAACGGCAUCGGCUUACUGUGGGCGCCGCGGCCCUUCAACAUGCGCUCGGCCAUGACGCGCCGCGCCAUCGACGUGCCGCUGGUCAAGAACUGGUACCGCGAACACUGUCCUACCGGAAUGCCGGUGAAGGUGCGCGUGUCGUACCAGAAACUGCUGAAGACCUACGUGCUCAACGCGUUGAAGCACCGGCCGCCGAAACCGCAGAAGAAGCGCUACCUGUUCCGCUCCUUCAAGUCCACCAAAUUCUUCCAGUCCACCUCGCUGGACUGGGUGGAAGCCGGUCUGCAAGUGUGUCGCCAAGGCUACAACAUGCUGAACCUGCUGAUCCACCGCAAGAACCUCAACUACCUCCACCUCGACUACAACUUCAACCUCAAGCCCGUCAAGACGCUGACCACGAAGGAGCGCAAGAAGUCCCGCUUCGGCAACGCCUUCCAUCUGUGCCGCGAGAUCCUGCGGCUGACGAAGCUGGUGGUGGACGCGCACGUCCAGUACCGGCUGAACAACGUGGACGCCUUCCAGCUGGCGGACGGGCUGCAGUACAUCUUCUCGCACAUCGGGCAGUUGACGGGGAUGUACCGCUACAAGUACAAACUGAUGCGGCAGAUCCGCAUGUGCAAGGACUUCAAGCAUCUGGUGUAUUACCGCUUCAACACCGGUCCGGUGGGAAAAGGCCCUGGAUGCGGGUUCUGGGCGCCGGCGUGGCGGGUGUGGUUGUUUUUCCUGCGGGGAGUGACACCACUGUUGGAGCGCUGGUUAGGGAAUCUGUUAUCGCGGCAGUUUGAGGGCCGGCACUCGAAGGGCGUGGCCAAGACGGUGACGAAGCAGCGCGUAGAGAGCCACUUCGAUCUGGAGCUGCGGGCAUCCGUCAUGCACGACAUCCUGGACAUGAUGCCGGAGGGGAUCCGCCAGAACAAGGCCCGCACGAUUCUCCAGCAUCUCAGCGAGGCGUGGCGCUGCUGGAAGGCCAAUAUUCCCUGGAAGGUGCCCGGACUGCCGACGCCGGUGGAGAACAUGAUCCUGCGCUACGUCAAGCUGAAGGCGGACUGGUGGACGAACACGGCGCACUACAACCGCGAGCGGAUUCGCCGCGGGGCCACCGUGGACAAGACGGUGUGCAAGAAGAAUCUGGGCCGGAUGACGCGGCUGUAUUUGAAGGCGGAACAGGAGCGCCAGCAUAAUUACUUGAAGGACGGGCCGUAUGUCAGCGCGGAGGAGGCCGUGGCGAUUUACACGACUACCGUGCACUGGUUGGAAAGCCGGCGAUUUUCGCCGAUUCCGUUUCCGCCGCUGUCGUACAAGCACGACACGAAGCUGCUGAUUCUAGCCUUGGAACGGCUGAAGGAAGCGUACAGUGUCAAGUCCCGGCUGAACCAGAGUCAGCGCGAGGAACUGGGCUUGAUUGAGCAGGCGUACGACAAUCCGCACGAAGCGCUGUCCCGCAUCAAGCGCCACCUGCUGACGCAGCGCGCCUUCAAGGAGGUCGGCAUCGAAUUCAUGGAUCUGUACAGCCAUUUGGUGCCGGUGCACGAUAUCGAGCCGCUGGAGAAGAUCACCGACGCCUAUCUGGAUCAGUAUCUUUGGUAUGAAGCGGACAAGCGCGGGCUGUUCCCGCCGUGGAUCAAGCCGUCGGACGCGGAGCCGCCGCCUUUGUUGGUGUACAAGUGGUGCCAGGGCAUCAACAACCUGCAGGACAUCUGGGACAGCACGGACGGGCAGUGCGUGGUGAUGAUGCAGUCGCAGUUCGAGAAGAUGUACGAGAAGAUGGACCUGACGCUGCUCAACCGGCUGCUGCGCCUCAUCGUCGACCACAACAUCGCCGACUACAUGACGGCCAAGAACAACGUCCUCAUCAACUACAAGGACAUGACGCACACCAACGGCUACGGCAUCAUCCGCGGCCUGCAGUUCUCCAGCUUCGUCACGCAGUACUACGGGCUGGUGCUGGACCUCCUCGUCCUGGGGCUGCACCGCGCCAGCGAGAUCGCCGGUCCGCCGCAGAUGCCCAACGACUUCCUCACCUUCCAGGAUGUGGCCACAGAGACCUCCCACCCGAUCCGUCUGUACUGCCGCUACAUCGACAAGAUCUUCGUCCUCUUCCGCUUCUCGGCGGACGAAGCGCGCGACCUGAUCCAGCGCUACUUAACGGAGCACCCCGAUCCCAACAACGAGAACAUCGUGGGCUACAACAACAAGAAGUGCUGGCCGCGCGACUCGCGCAUGCGCCUCAUGAAGCACGACGUCAACCUGGGCCGCGCCGUCUUCUGGGACAUCAAGAACCGGCUGCCGCGCUCCACCACCACCAUCAACUGGGACGAGAGCUUCGUGUCGGUGUACUCCAAGGAUAAUCCUAACCUGCUCUUCAGUUUGUGCGGCUUCGAGUGCCGCAUCCUGCCCAAGUGCCGCACCAGCACCGAGGAGUACACGCACAAGGACGGCGUGUGGAAUCUGCAGAACGAAGUGACGAAGGAGCGGACGGCGCAGUGCUUCCUGCGCGUCGACGAUGACUCCAUGCAGAAGUUCCACAACCGCGUCAGACAGAUCCUGAUGGCCUCGGGCUCGACGACCUUCACCAAGAUUGUCAACAAGUGGAACACGGCGCUCAUCGGACUGAUGACGUAUUACCGCGAGGCGGUGGUGAACACGCAGGAGCUGUUGGAUCUGCUGGUGAAGUGCGAGAACAAAAUCCAGACGCGCAUCAAGAUCGGGCUGAACUCGAAGAUGCCGUCGCGCUUCCCGCCCGUGGUGUUCUACACGCCGAAGGAGAUCGGCGGCCUGGGCAUGCUGUCGAUGGGGCACGUGCUGAUCCCGCAAUCGGAUCUGCGCUGGUCUAAGCAGACGGACAUCGGCAUCACGCACUUCCGCUCGGGCAUGUCGCACGACGAGGACCAGCUGAUCCCCAACUUGUACCGCUACAUCCAGCCCUGGGAGUCCGAGUUCAUCGACUCGCAGCGCGUCUGGGCCGAGUACGCGCUCAAGCGGCAGGAGGCCAACGCGCAGAACCGCCGCCUGACGCUGGAGGAUCUGGAGGACAGUUGGGAUCGCGGGAUUCCGCGGAUCAACACGUUGUUCCAGAAGGAUCGCCAUACGCUGGCCUACGAUAAGGGCUGGCGUGUGCGCACGGAGUUCAAGCAGUACCAGAUCCUGAAGCAGAACCCCUUCUGGUGGACGCACCAGCGGCACGACGGGAAGCUGUGGAAUUUGAAUAAUUACCGGACGGACAUGAUCCAGGCGCUGGGCGGCGUGGAGGGCAUCCUGGAGCACACGCUGUUCAAGGGCACGUACUUCCCCACGUGGGAGGGCCUGUUCUGGGAGAAGGCCAGCGGGUUCGAGGAGUCGAUGAAGUACAAGAAGCUGACGAACGCGCAGCGCUCGGGCCUCAACCAGAUCCCCAACCGGCGCUUCACGCUCUGGUGGUCGCCCACCAUCAACCGCGCCAACGUCUACGUCGGCUUCCAGGUGCAGCUGGACCUCACCGGCAUCUUCAUGCACGGCAAGAUCCCCACAUUGAAGAUCUCCCUCAUCCAGAUCUUCCGCGCCCAUCUCUGGCAGAAGAUCCACGAGUCCGUCGUCAUGGAUUUGUGUCAGGUGUUUGAUCAAGAGCUGGACGCCCUGGAAGUCGAGACGGUGCAGAAGGAGACGAUCCAUCCGCGCAAGAGCUACAAGAUGAACAGCUCCUGCGCCGACAUCCUGCUCUUCGCCGCCUACAAGUGGAACGUGUCGCGACCGAGCCUGCUGGCCGACGUGAAGGACAUGAUGGACAGCACCACCACGCAAAAGUACUGGAUCGAUGUGCAGCUGCGCUGGGGCGACUUCGACUCGCACGACGUGGAACGCUACGCGCGCGCCAAAUUCCUGGACUACACGACGGACAACAUGUCCAUCUACCCGUCGCCCACGGGCGUGCUGAUCGCCAUCGAUUUAGCCUACAACCUGCACAGCGCCUACGGUAACUGGUUCCCGGGCUCGAAGCCGCUGAUCCAGCAGGCCCUGGCCAAGAUCAUGAAGGCCAACCCGGCGCUGUACGUGCUGCGCGAGCGCAUCCGCAAGGGCCUGCAGCUGUACAGCUCCGAGCCCACCGAGCCCUACCUGUCCUCGCAGAACUACGGCGAGCUCUUCUCCAACCAGAUCAUCUGGUUCGUCGACGACACCAACGUCUACCGCGUCACCAUCCACAAGACCUUCGAGGGCAACCUCACCACCAAGCCCCUCAACGGCGCCCUCAUCUGCUUCAAUCCCCGCACUGGCCAGCUAUUCCUCAAGGUGAUCCACACGUCGGUGUGGGCCGGGCAGAAGCGUCUGGGUCAGCUGGCCAAGUGGAAGACGGCGGAGGAAGUGGCGGCGCUGAUCCGCUCGCUGCCGGUGGAGGAGCAGCCCAAGCAGAUCAUCGUGACGCGCAAGGGCAUGCUGGACCCGUUGGAGGUGCAUCUCCUCGACUUCCCCAACAUCGUCAUCAAGGGCAGCGAGCUGCAGCUGCCCUUCCAGUCGGUGCUGAAGGUGGAGAAGCUGGGCGACCUGGUGCUGAAGGCCACCGAGCCGCAGAUGGUCUUGUUCAACUUGUACGACGACUGGCUCAAGAACAUCUCCUCCUACACCGCCUUCUCGCGCUUAGUGCUCAUUCUGCGCGCGCUGCACGUCAACACCGAGCGGACCAAGGUGGUGCUGAAGCCCGACAAGACCACCAUCACCGAGCCGCACCACAUCUGGCCCACGCUCACCGACGAAGAAUGGAUCAAGGUGGAAGUGGCGUUGAAGGACCUGAUUUUAGCGGAUUACGGGAAGAAGAACAACGUGAACGUGGCCUCGCUGACCCAGUCGGAGAUCCGCGACAUCAUCCUGGGCAUGGAGAUCUCGGCGCCCUCGGCGCAGCGCCAGCAGAUCGCCGAGAUCGAGAAGCAGACGCGCGAGCAGUCCAACCUGACGGCCGUGGCCACGAAGACCACCACGAAGUCGGGCGACGCCAUCGUGACGACGACGACGUCCAACUACGAGACGCAGUGGUUCUCCUCGCGCACCGAGUGGCGCGUGCGCGCCAUCUCCGCCACCAACCUGCACCUGCGCACGCAGCACAUCUACGUCUCCUCCGACGACAUCAAGGAGACCGGCUUCACCUACGUCCUGCCCAAGAACCUGUUGAAGAAGUUUAUCGUGGUCAGCGAUCUGCGCACGCAGAUCGCCGGCUAUUUAUAUGGAGUGAGUCCGGCGGAUAAUAUGCAGGUGAAGGAGAUUCGCUGCAUCGUCGUCCCGCCGCAGCGCGGCAGUCACCAGGCGGUGGAGAUGCCGGAGAUGCUGCCGCAGCACGAUUUCUUGAAGGAGAUGGAACCGCUGGGAUGGAUCCACACGCAGCCCAACGAACUGCCGCAACUGUCGCCCCAGGACGUGACGACGCAAGCCAAGAUCAUGGCGGAACACCCGGCGUGGGACGGGGAGCGGUGCAUCGUGAUGACGUGCAGCUUCACGCCGGGCUCGUGCUCGUUGGCGGCGUACAAGCUGACGCCGUCGGGCUACGAGUGGGGCCGGCAGAACGCCGAUAAAGGCAACAAUCCCAAGGGCUAUUUGCCGUCGCACUACGAGAAGGUGCAGAUGCUGCUGUCGGACCGCUUCCUCGGAUUCUUCAUGCUGCCCGUCGCCGGCUCCUGGAACUACAACGUCGGUCGGCCGCAGUUCGACAGUAAGAUGAAGUACGAGCUGCAGCUGGCCAACCCCAAGGAGUUCUACCACGAGGACCACCGUCCCACGCACUUCCGCAACUUCACGCAGAUCGAGGAGGCCGCCGCCGUCGACCACGACGACUCCUUCGCCUGAAGCGGUCGCGCGGGUCAUUUGGGCACUGUUUUCUCAUCACAGAAGGCUAGCGCUGGAUUUUCCUUGUUUUACAUUGUGUUUUUUUCUUCCUUCGCGAGGCUGGCGUAUUAAGGUGUAUUUUUUGUCGAAUUAUCAUGCUUUUUCGUACUGGCAUAUGUGUGUAAUCGUGUCGUUAUUUUGUCGGGCGUGGGCCGCGUGGCCGGAAUUAUUUUUCAUUGAAUAAAAUGUUAGGAACGUA